AUGCAUUCGACCAAUCCUGCUAAAGUCGGUGAAAGGCUCCUAGCCGCUCUUGUGGAUGAGUGGGCGCUAUUUCUACCAUCAACAAGAAACUCCAAUGAAGCAUUUUCGCAUUUAUUCAAGAAGACUCAGUCAAUCGUACUGCUGCACUCCGCUGAAUUUCUGGAAAAAGCGCAAACUCUUGGAAAUAUGCAUCCGAAUCUGAAGACUCUGGUGCUUCCAUCCUGGGAGGAUUUGAUCAAUGGCAAAACCAGAUACUACCCUUACACGAGCACUUUUAGUGCUGAUGUGGAUAAUGACUGUUCGUUGACUCUGCCAGGACUUCCGAAGCCAAUCUACCUGACACAUGGCUAUUUUGCUGCAUUUGAUAACAUUUCGCGUUGUCCUCUUCCGCCAGGCAGGAAACUUGCUAUUCCCUCCGGAUUUUUUUCCAAGGACGAUUCAAUGUUGACAGUCACACCGUUCUUCCACGUAAUGGGUUUUGCUGCUUUCAUUCAAGCCAUUUUCCACGGGACACCAUUCGCGAUUCCUCCUCUCAAGCCAUUGUCAGGGGAGCUUAUCAUCAAUACUAUCAAGACUCUCAAGCCCCGAGCGGCUACUCUGCCCCCGUCUCUGAUUGAAAAUAUCUGCAGCACAAAAAUGGGGAUGGAUUGUCUCAAUCGCUUAGACUAUCUCUUUUUUGGAGGAGCCCCCUUGGCCUUUGAUAUCGGCGAGGCGUUGCGAGAAAGGGUGCGCUUGAUCUCACUCAUUGGCUCAACUGAGAUGGGGGUGAUACUAUCGAUGGCCCCAGAGGAAAGUGCAGAUUGGGCAUAUUUUGAUUGGGCCCCAAACUCCAACGUCUAUAUGGAUCCAGUUGACAGCGACUUGCACGAGCUAGUGAUCCGUCGAGGCAAGGACCGCAAGGUCCACGGAAUCUUCCAUACAUUCCCUGAUCUCAGGGAAUAUCGGUCACAGGAUCUCUUUCGACGACAUCCGAAUAAAGCAAAUCUGUGGCGUUAUGCCGGACGUUUAGACGAUGUUAUCGUUCUCAGCAAUGGUGAAAAGUUCAAUCCUAUUGCUACCGAGAAGGCCAUAGAGGCACACCCAUUGGUCUCAAAGGCCAUAGUCGUCGGACAAGCAAGAUUUCAAUCCGCUAUGCUUAUUGAACCAAACUGGGACCUGUGGACAGAUAAUGAACAUACAGUUGAAGAUUUCUUGGGUGAAGUCUGGCCAUUAGUUGAAAGGGCAAAUGAAAUGGUCCCCGCAUAUGGGCGAGUGAUGUUCAACCGCAUCGGUCUUGCGUCGAAAGCGAAGCCCUUCAAAGUAACCGCAAAAGGAAGCACCCAGCGCCGACAGGUGAACAAUGACUACCACAUUGAAAUUGACAGCCUGUAUGCAAAGGAGCCAAUUACCAAAUUGGAGUUUCCCAAGACGCCGACAAUAUCUUCAAUCACUUGCUACAUCCAGCAGGUUGUCCACGGCCAGCUCAACAGUCCGGCAAUAGAUGACUGGGCUGAUCUCUACGCGGCCGGACUCGACUCCUUACAGACCGUAUCCAUCGCAAAUAUGUUGAAUAAAGCCAUCAAUCGCCGGGAGCCCAAUAGUGAAGAACUGAUCACUGCACAAAUGGUCUAUGAUCACCCAACCAUUUCAGCCCUGUCGCACUUCAUCAACAGCUUUCUACAUGGGAGCCGCGUUGAGAUGGCUAUAUCUCGAACUACAAAGAUCAAUGAUGUGUUGAAGACUUACAUUUACGCUCUUCCAGAACAGAAAGCACUGUCUAUAUCCAGAGACACCUGCCGGAAGCAUGUUGUUUUACUCACAGGGUCAACGGGGUCUCUCGGCACUUAUAUUCUGAAUGUUCUCCUGGGUGAUCCGUCGGUAGCGAAGAUCUAUUGUCUCAACAGAUCAGAGCGUGCUGAGGAGAACCAGAUGAAGAGCCACCACAAGAGAGGCUUGAGAGUUUGGCAUUUGAACGAUGAUCGGGUUGAAUUUGUGCAUGCAGUAUUCGGAGAGAAUCACCUCGGCCUUCCUGAUACCACAUACUACAGACUGCUCAAUGCAGUCGAUAUUAUCGUCCAUAACGCAUGGGAUGUGAAUUUCAACCGCUCGCUUACUUCCUUUCAGCCGCUGAUCAAAGGUGCUUAUGACCUUUUCGACAUCAGCAGACGAGGUCGAUUCCGCCCGCAUUUCUUCUUCGUGUCUUCAAUAAGCACAAUACAAAAUUGGAAUAUAUCUAUGGGUGGUCGAUCGGCACCAGAAGACCUGAUAAAGUCUCCUGAUGCAGUCGCACAUCAAGGAUAUGCAGAAUCGAAACACGUCGUUGAGAGACUCUGCUACCACAUGUCGAGUGUGGCUCGCGUGCCAACGACAAUUCUGCGCGUGGGACAGAUUGCUGGGCCAAGCCUAAGCAUGGGAAACUGGAACAGAAGCGAAUGGCUUCCCGCCUUGGUGGAGACUUCAAGAAGUCUAGGAAAGAUCCCAAAUCAUCUUGGAAAUGCUAACAAUAUUGACUGGAUUCCAGUUGAUUUUGUUGCGGAUAUAAUAGAAGAGAUUAUGCACACUCGUCUUGAACAACAGGAAGAACACAUCUCCGCUACGUUCCACGUAGUCAAUCCACACACAUCGUCGUGGCAGGAUCUUAUUCGUCCUAUCAAAUCAAAAUACGAUCUGACUGAUGUCGACCUAUCCGAAUGGAUUCAUGAGCUUGAGCUGAUUUCACACCCAAUGACGCAGGACAUGCAAAAGAAGCCUUCCCUCAAGAACAUCAACAGCACCCAACACAAACCAACACUAUCCUCAAUCAAAGAAAAUGAGAAACAACCCAACACCAACGUGGACAAAUCACCCAAACAACAAAGGAGCCGCACAGUCCUCUACCGCUCACUAUAUGCGGUCAACCCGACCGAGUCUAACAUCCUCCACCACUUUAUAUUCCUAUCCUACAAACAGCCCCCAAACGCCCCAAAUGCCAAACCCCAAUACGGCAAGGGCCCAUGGGAUCUAGCCUUUGUGACCUUCUACACAGUCCUCCUAUCAUUCACCCGCGAAUUCAUCAUGCAAGAACUCCUACUCCCACUAGCACGCACAUACAUCAAAUCCAGAGGCAAACAAGCCCGCUUCAUGGAACAGAUGUACACAGCAAUUUACUUCGGCGUCCUCGGCCCGGCAGGGUUGUAUGUGAUGCGGCAGACGCCGGUGUGGUAUUUCAACACGCGCGGCAUGUAUGAGGGGUUUCCGCAUCGGACGCACGAGGCGCCGUUUAAGUUUUAUUAUUUGUUUGAGGCGGCGUACUGGGCGCAGCAGGCGCUUGUUAUGUUACUCGGCAUGGAGAAGCCUAGGAAGGAUUUUAAGGAGCUUGUUAUGCAUCAUGUUGUGACGUUGGUGCUUAUUGGGCUUAGUUAUCGAUUUCAUUUUGCGUUUCUCGGAAUUGGGGUUUAUGUCACUCAUGAUAUCAGUGAUUUCUUUCUUGCUGUCUCCAAAUCUCUUCACUAUAUCGCCCCAGAUUUCAUGAUCCCGUUCUUUGCGACAUCAAUCGGCGCCUGGGUGUAUCUGCGCCAUGUAUUGAAUCUCCGCAUUCUAUACUCCCUUCUAACUGAGUUCCGGACUGUUGGGUCGUACGAACUCAACUGGGAGACACAGCAAUACAAAUGCUGGAUCUCGAACAUCAUCACUUUUGGGCUGCUGGCUUGUCUUCAGUGUCUCAAUCUCUUUUGGCUGUACUGCCUUUUACGGAGUGCACUCCGGUUCCUUGCUACUGGUGAUAAGAAGGAUGACCGAUCUGAGCCCGAUGAGUCUGAUAUUGAGGCUGAGAAUCAAGGCUUGGAGGGUGUCAAUGGCCAUGCUGCUCCGAAUGGCAAUGGAGAUGCUCUUUGUGGGAAGUUGAAUGGAGCUGCCCGCUAG